AUGUCUUUCAGCCACCACCAAGCGCCCCCUUUCAGGGCAGAGCACAUGGGCUCUCUGCUCCGACCCCAGAAGCUCCUCGACGUUCGGGAGGGUAAGAUUCGAGACCAGGGCCUAUCCGAGGAGGAAGCCGGUCUUCCUGCCGUCGAAAAGGAGUCUGUAGCUGAGGUCGUACAACUGCAGCGCGACCUUGGCAUCAAGGGCGUUACCUCGGGCGAGUUCAAUCGCACGCGCUUUUGGGGUCUGAUGUGGGAUGAGUUCGAGGGUACCACCCGCUUGCAAGAUGCCGAAGCCAGCAUGUUCCGUCUCUACCACCCGGAUGUCGUGAGCCUCAUCGAGCAGGACCGCAAGGUGAUGCCUGGCGACUCUGUCAUAGCCGGCGGUAAGCUAUCGCACUCACCAGAGAAGUCCAAGUCCAACCUGCAUGAGCUCCACCUGGUUCAAGCAGCACUUCCCAAAGAGGAGUGGAAGAACAUCAAAUUGACCAUGAUCACGCCCGCCUGGUUCCACAUGCGCUACAAGCAGGGCAGAGCCUACACCAAAGAGGCGUACGCCAACGAUGCUGAAUAUUUCAGUGACGUCGCCAAGGUGUACCAGGCAGAGCUCAGGCAACUCUACGAAGCUGGUCUGCGCAAUGUCCAAUUCGAUGACCCUGGGAUGGCUUACUUCUGCUCUCAAAAGUUCCGUCAGGGAUGGGACGAGGACAAGGACAACGAAGGUACCGUCGAAGACCUCCUCGACGCUUACAUCAAGCUCUACAACGACAUCACCAGCAAAUUGCCCGGGGAUAUGCACACGGGUAUUCAUCUCUGCCGCGGAAACUUUAUUGGCGGUCGUCACUUUGCUGAGGGUUCUUACGAUAUCAUUGCCAAAAAGCUCUUCCAGGACCUGGAUGUGAACACUUUCUACCUUGAGUACGACACUGAGCGUUCUGGUGGCUUCGAGCCCCUCCAGUUUCUGCCCAAGAAUAAGAACGUUGUUGUCGGCAUCAUUAGCACCAAGGUUCCUAAGUUGGAGGACAAAGAGCAGAUGAAGGCCCGUGUCCUCAAGGCGGCGGAGUUUGUCGCGAAGGGCAGUGGUGAGACAAACGAGGAAGCUCUGAAGCGUAUCUGCGUGUCGCCUCAGUGCGGGUUUAGUACCCAUGAGAGCGGGUACCCGUUGAGUCUGGAAGAUGAGAAGAGCAAGCUUCGAUUGAUCAGAACGAUUGCCGAUGAGAUUUGGGGCGAGGCGUAG